AGGAAGGAUUUAUACCUUUAAAGGCUCAGUGCCAAAUCCUCAUAGAAGGCGGUCCACUGGAAUGUACUUCCACUCAGGCACAAAACGUUUGUUGACACCCUACCUGACCUCUUUCUGAAGACUAAAUCUGUUUUACCACUAGGUAUUACAAGAUGAAGACCAAUUUUCUUGCCUCACAACUAUUUGAAAGAAAUUUAGUGCGGGACAACAUAACUGGGCCCAGGUAUGAGCGCCAUUUGAAUUGUGUGGACAGUGCAGAAGACUCUUCCUCCACUGACAGUCAGCCUGAGUUGGAGAAUGGGAUCAACAACGCUGGGACCCCCAAUGCCAGGUGCCGCAAAGAGGUGCAUUUAGCCUUCUUACCAGCAAAUUAUCAACCUUUGAUGGUAUAUGAUGAGGAGCGAGAGAAAGUACGAGAAGAGAAGAAGAAAAGGAAGAAGGAAAAAUACAAAAAAGUGAGAAAGAAUGUGAGGAAAGCCCUAAAAUGCACCUGGAGAUGUCUGAUGCUUGGCUUGUACAAUUUUGCUCUGGGAUAUUCAACCCCUAUGUCAGUGGUUACUACAUUUUCACCUGAUUUUCAUCAAGGACAAAACUGGCCAUAAAGAUUAAAGCAACUUGGACUGUAUGCUAUAUUUUGUACAUGGUGCUGCUUUUGAGUGACCAAGAUAUCUGCAUGAAACUCCUUUGUAACAUUUCAAUCAGUUCCAUCAAAACAAGCAUCAACUGGAACAACAGAGAGGUCGAUGUAUUUACAGUAUUGUGUAUACAGUGGCAAUAUCAUAUAUUAUGUUAUUGUAUAUGUUAGGCCUAUUGUAUUAAUUUCCAUCUUUUAAGACUGAAAUGGUAAGUUCAGAGAGGAAUUUAUAACUGGAAAACUGUUGGUGGUAAUUAAAUUGUAGAGUUGUUUGAGUGGAACUUUCAGCAAGUAGGGUCCACCUUAGUACAGAAGGUGCAAAACAUGGUGUUGUAGAGCUAAAUAAGCUGUCAGGUGUAAAUAAACUAAUGUUUUCAUAAUUCUU